CUUGAGUCUAGAGAGUGCCCGCCGCAGUGGAGGGCCCCAGGGCUGGGCCCCCGGGUAGGGGCACCCCGGCCCACCCCUCAGGCAUCACCUGUGGACACAUGUGGCCUCCUUGCCCAGAUGUUUGACCCACAGCAGGAGGCAGCUAACUGCAGCAGGUUGGAUGUGAAUGGACCCUGCCUGGGAUGGAGUUCAGGGGCCUCGCCCAGGCACAGCUAGCAUCCGGGUACGGGAGCUGAGCUGGCAGGGCCUGCAUAACCCCUGUCCACAGAGCAAGAGCCUGGGUAGCCAUGAUGACAUCCAUAGGGCACAGCAGGUGGAGAAGCACCUGUCCCCUGCCCGGCUGCAGGCUCUGGCACAGGCGGAUGAUCUCCAACUUGUAAGGGUGCUUGAGAUGUGUGUGGACACCCGUGAGAACAGCCUGGGGAACUUCGGGGUGCACCUCCCCAACCUGAACCAACUGAAGCUGAACGGCAGCUGUCUGGGCUCCCUCAGAGACUUGGGUACUUCCCUGGGCUGCUUGCAAGUGCUGUGGCUCUCUCGCUGUGGCCUGACUGACCUGGAUGGCAUUGGCUCCUUCCCAGCACUGAAGGAACUCUAUGUCUCCUACAACAACAUCUCAGACCUGAGCCCACUGUGCCUGCUUGAGCAACUGGAGGUGCUGGACCUUGAGGGCAACAGUGUGGAGGACCUGGGGCAGGUGCGGUACCUGCAGCUGUGUCCAAGGUUGGCCACACUCACGCUGGAGGGCAAUCUGGUGUGCCUGCAGCCGGCCCCCGGCCCUUCCAACAAGCCACCUGGGGGCUACAACUAUAGGGCAGAAGUGAGGAAGCUCAUCCCCCAGCUUCACAUCCUGGAUGAGGUGCCCACCACAUGCACCAACAUCCCUGCCCCCAGGGGACUGAACCAAGAUUGGCUUAUGGUGAAGGAGGCCAUCAAGGAGAGCAGCAUGCUGGACAGUCUCCUCCCCCAACUGGAUGGUUCCCAGGGACUCGCCAGGUGGAAACUUGACCCAGCACUGCUCUUGCCUGAAACUCAGCCAUGGGCUCUGCCUCUGUUGGUCCCUGGGGGGACCCUGCCUGAAGGAUUCCUUCCUGAGGACUCAGCCCUGGAAGACCAUGCCAGCAACCUCACCCAUGGUGAUGGUCAAGUUCUCUGUGGGAACCCCACCAAAGGUCUGUGGGAACGUAGACACCAGAGCAAGGCAUUGGCACCCCCAGAGCAGCUGGCCCCACACAGGCCAGAUCUGGAUGCCAGGUCCUCCACACCUGGACCUGACCCUGCAGACAGCUAUGACCUGAGCAUGACUGAGCUACGGGUCUGGAGGGAGCUUGGCUUGCGGCAUCAGAAGUCCCGACUGAAAGGGCCUGCUCAGGUCUCAGCCCAGGACCCACAGAAGGAUCUUGAAGAGCAAGAGGAUCAGACUGGGACCAAGAAACCCCUCAAGACCCCAAGCUUAGUGUCAGAAUGUUCCAGGACCUCAGGCUUUUACCUAAUCCCUUCUCCCCCUAAGUACCCAAUGCCACCCAAGUCAGGCAGCAGCUCUACCCAUGGAUCUGCAGACCUGCCCUCCAGAAGGCAUAGACUCAGAACCCUGGGCAGCCUGGGGACCAGCAUGGCUGAAAGGCCUGUCAUAAGUGAGAGACUGGCUGCAGUGACUGCCCUGAGAGGCCUGGAGGUGUCCUCAGGAUCCGGUCAUCGAACUCAGGGAUGUCCAAACCCAAAGCCAACACUGGAACCAGCAGCCAGACCCCCAAGCCUCCACUGCCUGCGUCCUCUGAACCCGAUCCCCCCAGCCCAUUCCCUCCCUUAGUGUAACCCUUCCCUUGCUGGGCUCUUUUGAACAGGGGCAAAGGGCCCCCACAAGGACUCUGAUCUCACAGACCCCAGCUCUGAGCAGGUAUAGGUAGGAGGUGGGCCUGGCCCUGGAGCAGCCCCUUUUAGUGGAAUGAAGUCCAGGAUGGGGACCAGGUACAGGGGUGCAAAGGCCAAAGACCAGAUGAAGUCUGAAGAUGGGGAGGGCCCAGCUCCCCAACACUGCUCCACAUCUUCACCCUUCCCCUCCUUUGUAAGGCCUAGCCUUCCCAGGAGAAAUGGUCAGAAGGCCUGGCCUGGAAGACUUUCUCAGUUAGAUGGGGCCCGGGUUGAAAGCGGCUGAAGCUGGGACUGGGCUCCCCAGGUUCCCCAGUGCUGAGUCACCUACGUGGUCCAAGUUCCAAGCUGGGCCUCAGAAGACACAGCCAAGCCUCCCGUCCCCAGUGGAUUUGCCAGUUUCCCAGAGCAUCGUAUUCUCCCUUGUUUUGGGACAGGGUGCCCUUUGCAGAAACCAAACGAAUCGUUUUUUGACUCUCAGGUGUACAGAUAAGUGCUUUACUUUGUAAGCAACAGUUGGUUCAAUAAAUACGCAGAUGGCACUGCC